CGUGAAGGAAAUACGAAGCAGUCACAGACAGCGCUGGACACGUGCAUGUGUGGCUAGCUGGAGCUGUCUGACGUUACAUUUAUGAAAUAUAUUCAGUUUUCUUUUAUGUUGCUGUAAUUGUUUUGUUGGAUAUAUUUUCUCUUCCGUGUCAUGAAAGCGUGAUUGAGCUACAAGUAGGAUUGUUUGAAACGGUCAAAGAAGUUAAAUCUACGUCCAGUCUACAAGGUAAACAUGGCCAAAAAUAAACAGAGAGGCAAAAAACAGCAAAAUGUCUUUCAGGUAGCGAGCAGACAAUCAAAACCCAAGAGCAAAGCAAAACCUGUGAAGUCCUCCCUAAAACACAUAAACACUUUAAAAAAUGAAAAAGUGGAAAACCUAAAUCAAAUAUUCACCGAAGUACAGAGGGAUGUGAAGAGUUUAUCCAAAUGUACUGCCAGUGAACCAAAAAAAGGACAAAAGGUGGUCAGAGAAGCUCCACAGGAACCUGUAAACGUGGACAAUGCAGCACAGCUUUUCUCUCAACUUUAGGUCUUCAAAGUUGUUUAUUGCAAAGAAUCAAAUGGACUCUGGACAAAAUCAUUUUGCAUAAAUAGCCCAUCAUACCAACUGAUCAUCUAUAUAAUAUAUUGCAUAUUCCAUAAAUAACAACUUUCCCUAAUGCAAUAAAUAUUUAGAUGUGAAUAUUGUGUUUGUCGAAGCAUAAAGAGUAAAGCUAUUAAAGAAUGAAUUGUACUAAUGAAACUGAAGUGACUGCGUGUAAUGACCUCUUAUGAGCACUAGAGGGCGAACAUUCAUAAUGUUGAUCUCACUUAAGCUGUGGUGGUUAUAUGUGGAUGUAAAUAUAUGAUGUUCAUAUGUCAUUAAAACAUUAUCAAGACACAUGACACAAA